CAAGUACCUAAUCCAAUUCCCCAGUGCUCCAAAUCAGACUUUUUGCUUUCCUCCCCUUCACCGAUUUGAAUGUAACUUCUAAGACACGAAUACAAAAUGGCGUUUAAGAGCGCUUUCUUUGUAAUAGCGCUGGCCGCUCUCGUGCCAUUUCUAUAUGAGAGUUACAUCAGACUAUCAACCAUUCUAAACAAUGCGCCUGGCAAGCUGACGCAUUUCAACCAUCUCAAAUCGGAGAUCAAGUUUGAAGACUCGGUUCGUAGUUGCGAAGAUGCUUUGCUUAUCGAAUCCAAGGGUCUGGCGAUUUUGUCAUGCGACCCUGGACGAGAGUCGUAUAACACGGUGAUGGGCAUUUUCUUACCCGGACCCGUGCCUAGCGCCAACAUAUUCGCCUACGACUACACGGACGCCAGCGCGCCGGAUUCAAAGUCGCUGAAGCGAUUCGAAAUCCUGGGCUACGAGCCGGGCGCGGAUUUCCACACGUUAGGCAUCGCUUUCGACGAAGCGACCUCCACAUUGUUCGUCGCAAAUCACCGCAAAGACGGGCCGGCUGUGGAGAUGUUCACUCUGGACCUAGCCGCAUUUACCGCUAAGCAUUUCCGGACUAUCCGGCAUCCACUGCUCCACGGCCCCAACUCCAUUGCGCUAAUGAACAGCCGCGAAUUACUCAUCACGAACGACCACUACUUCCUCACCGAGGAGUAUCCCACUCUCGCCUUAUUGGAGACGUAUCUCGGACUUCCCCUCGGCACCGUCGUCCACGUCGACAUCUCCGCUCUCCUGGCGGAUCCCACAGGCGAAGUUAAGGCCACCGUCGUCGCCCACGUCCCCUUCGCGAACGGCAUCAAGUUCCUGAACGAGAGCACUAUCGCCGUAGCUUCGACUACCAAGCUAGCAGUGUACUUCUACGACUUCAAACAAGCGGAGGCCGCGUCUGUUCCAACGCUUAGCUACAAGUCACUAGUCAGAAUCCCGUAUUUCAUCGACAACGUGCAGGUUUCGCAAGACGGGGCCUUGUACGUGGCCGGCCACCCUCACCCCCCUUCGCUGAACAAGUACGCUGCCAACCGCCACAAGUGCAAUUCGCCUGACCUCGCUUCUGCGGACGCGGCGGUGCAGGAGGAGUGUAAGACUAGCGAGGCUUUCUCCUGGGUUUCGAAGUGGACUGAGGAGAAGGGCCUCGAGCAUCUUUACGUCGGCGCGGAUUAUCCGAGUAGCUGCACGGCGGCUUUCGAUUCUAAGAGGAAGGUUGGCGUUGUGGUUGGGUUGUAUGCUAAGGGGUUGAUGGUCUGGAGGUAGCCCUGGGUAUUGGGUUGGAAGAUCUUAGAAGGAUGGGGUAACUUACCAAUAUUUUUAGUCACUUAAAGCGAAAUACAACUCGAAGAAAAGGGCGGGGAAAACAUGUGGCAAUAGAGUUAGAUAGAAAUGGGGUUACUUUGGAGGGUUUCUGAUUUACUGUAACUUGGUACU